AUGGGGCCCCCUGGCAACAGGGGCUCAUGGGGCCCCUGUGUCCUUGCCCAAACUCAAAAAAGCCUAUGAAAAAGGUACCAGGGGCAUCUCAUGGGGCCCCCUACUGACCCCGGGCCCUCGGGCAGAGCCCGAGUUUCCAAAUGGUUAGUCCGCCCCUGGUAAUAACAAAUAGUGUAAAAUCAAGCAAACCACAGAUUGUAAUAUUUUAUUUUGAUUACUUCUUUCAUUGGGUUCCUUCUUUUACGAGGGUUCUUCAAAAAGUUUCCAUAUUUUUUAAACUCUUU